CCCCAGAGCUGUACAGAUGAGGAAAGGAUGCAGGAAAUUCAGUUGUUUACACAUGUGUCUGUAACACUGAGAAGCAGGAGCAGCCCAGCAAGCCCAGAGGCUAGGUAGAAGAAUGAAUUGAGUGCUUGGCCUGGAGUCAGGAGGACCUGCAUUAAAAUCCACUCAGAUCUCAGACACUGACUAGUUGUGUGAUCUUGGGCCAUAAGUAGUGAAAAAAUGAAUUUCGAUUCCAUCCACAAGUUAAUUGAAGAAACACAGAUUUUUAAGCUCCAGCAAUCUUCACUGAGAUCACCUUGUGAACCAGUAACACCUGCCUCACCACUCUAUGACUCCUGCAAUUCUUACUUACCACCUGAAGGCCUGUAUUCACGUGGUGCCCAGAACUUCUAUGCUCACUCUUACAGCAGCAAUGACUGGGACAUCUGUGAAGAGCUUCGAGUUCGAGAACUUGAAGAAGUCAAGGCUAGAGCUGCCCAGAUGGAAAAGACCAUGCGCUGGUGGUCAGAUUGUACCGCCAACUGGAGAGAGAAAUGGAGUAAAGUCCGAAUAGAAAGGAAUAAAGCCAGGGAGGAAGGACGGCAGCUCAGAAUUAAGUUAGAGAUGGCAAUGAAGGAAUUGAGUGCCCUCAAAAAGAAACAAAGCUCACUAAAUGAAAAGGAGACACUGGAUGCUGAAGUCAUCUGGAAGGAAAAGCCUGGUUUUGUAGAAGGCUCCUGUCCACAAGAAGCUCAAUUUCCAGUGGCUUCCAAGGAAUAUGGUCCUCCUAGAAUCAAUUUGGGAAAAACACAGGUUUCUAUCAAAGAAGAUAUAAGCAAGAAGGAAAUAGAAGUGGUUGCCAACCCAGUAAGAUUCAACCAGGAUUUGAAUUUACAAGGCCUUGAUUUCUUUAGAAAAGGUCUUUCUGGCAACUGUGUGACAAAACCUGCAUUGAGGCUGGAUAAUGUAGCACAACCUUUGGAGAAGGAAUUAACCCAGAUUUCAACUCUGAAAUUUCAUUUGGAUGAAUCUCAGAAAAUUUUGUGGAAGGAAAGAGAAAUGCGUUCAUCUUUGGAAAAAGAAGUUGAGUUACUCGAGUCAGCAUUGUCUCUUUGGAAAUGCAAGUAUGAAGAAAUGAAAGAAUCAAAAAAGAUGAGUUUAAACCAGUUUAACAUAUUUCAUGAUCUACACGAAAAUGAAGUGGAAAAGGUUUCAGAAGGCAGAAAGGAUGAAGGCAAUUGUGAAACCAGCAAGGACAGAUUGAUCUGUGAGCUGAGAGCAGAGCUGGAGAGACUGCAGGCUGAGAGCGCCUCUGAGUGGGGCAAGAGGGAGAUACUUGAAACAGAAAAACAAGGACUGGAAAGAGACAAUAGAAGGUUAAAGGCCCAGGUGAAAGAAAUGGAAGAACUUUUGGAUAAAAAAAAUCCAUUAGCUGUAACCUCUCAAGGUCCUGAUUUGAAGAUGUCACAAAGUGAGCUGCUAGAGAAAAACAAGGUGAAACCCAAAGAUAGAGGAAAGUUUCAGCUGAUGAGAAGAAUGGCUCGUGUACUCUUUGAAGAUACUAAGAAAGAAGAUGACAGAGAGCUGGCUGAACUUCAACAUGCCUACUGCAAACUAAAUAAACAGUACCAAGAUAAAAUGGCAGAACUGAUUCAUGCCAACAACAGAGUGGAUCACCAUGAGGCAGAAGUAAAGAAACUGAGAUUUCGAGUGGAAGACCUAAAAAAGGGCCUCAGCCAUGCAGAAGAUGAGCUUGAUGGCUCACUGAAUCAGAUUCGUAAACUCCAGCGAUCUCUAGAUGAACAGAUAGAAAUGAAUGAUAAUCUACAGAUUCAGCUCAAUCAUCUACAAAACAGAUUCAAGAGACCAAAGAAUGUGAGCCCUGCAUAUGGAAUCAAAUUGAGUGCUAAAUAUACUUCUGAGGACUCCACAGAAGCAGAGUAUGAAGAGGAAGGAGACCAGUGUAUUUCAUGAAGCACAUGGGGAUAUAUGUGUUUGUCAAAUUAGAAUAGAAGAAAAAGGUAUAGAAACAAUAUAGAAAGGAAAAUUAAUUGGAAGCACCUCAAACACACCUGUUUUAAUAAAAUGCCAAAUAUUAUAGAAUAUUUUGUAAGCAUUUUAUCCAAUUCUAACAAUUUUUGCAUAAAAUAAAUUUACCUACCUUGUUGUCUAUUAAAAAGAGGUUGAGUUUUCAAGUGUGAAUUAUAUACCCUCUGAAUUUUGGGGUUUUUUACUAAAUCACUUCUUCAAAUUUUUCACCUUUCUCUUUUAUUGUCACUGAGAAAAGUUGUGGAAUUUUAAAUGUGCUUUGAAAAAGUAGGGACAAGAGCUUGUAAGAUUGUGGGAAAAAAGUUAAAGCUUCAGUUUAUUAUUCACCUCCUGCACAUCACAAUGCAUAUAUGAGACAAAAAAGUUAUGUCUUUAAUGAUGUAAUGCUUUCAUUAACAUUUUUAUCAGCAAAUUUACCAAAAGAUUACUUUAGGCUGAACCAUCAACUUUUAAUGUGAAAAAUGAAAAUAUUAACUAGUAGAGAAUAAAUCAACAUUUUCAUUUAUUUGAAAAAAUUAGAGAUAUAGUCAUAUGUGUUAAAAGGUGGUACUAUAGCUACUAUUUUUCUUCUAAAUGUUAUGAUUUGGUUUCUGGCCCUUUGGCUAUCCACUAACUUUGAUUUUUAUUCUACAUAUGAAAUCAAUUAUAAGCCUGGGAUAUACAGCUUACUUACUUUUUUAUAAAGCCUGUUGAUUUAUUUGUUUGCCAAACACUGAUCAUUAUGACACCUAUCAACUUCUUAGAAUUACAUUCUUUAAAAGAUCUAUGUUCUUAAAACCAGUAUAUUAUUGGUGGAAAAAAUAUUUACCAAGACAAAUUGAAUUGAUAAAUGUUCCCUUAAACUUAGCAAGUUACAAAUUAUUUUUAUUGGAACAAUAGAUUUGUUCAUAUAGAUUUAAUCAAGUAGAUAAUGAACAUGACUGUGUCUGAAAUAUGAAUCUAUAGAUUUGUCUUUGAAGACGUUUUCCUUCUUGUAGAAUUUAGACAUAAGCUCUUAGAAGUAAUCUAGUUCACCCCCUUGGUUUUACAAUGAGGAAAUUGAGAUUCAGAGUUUAAGUGAGGUACUCUAGGUCACACAGAUAGUAAGUAACAGAGACAUAUCCUUAGUGAUAGUUUGGCACUAUAGUAAAAAAAAAUGCUUUGGAGUAAGAAGGCAUGGAUCCCAAACCCUCUUCUCUUGUUACAACUUGCAAAACCUUGGACAAGUCACGACCUAUCUGGGCUUCAAUUUCCUCAACUGUAGAAUGAUAAAGUUGGACUAGUUGGCUUCUGUAGUCUUUUAAGGGUUCUAGAAAUAUGAUUCUAUGUAAAGUCCAGCAUCCCAAAUGCAUCCACUUUUGCAAGGUAAAGAAUAUCCCCACACAUACACUUUCAGAUAAAGAAUGUGUAAACUUUCAGAAAUUUAUAUGCUGAUUUCAUGGAAUAAACUCAUAAAACAUUAGUUGGAAAAGACAUCAGAGGUCUUAUAGUCAAAUGCCUUCAUUUAUGAUUUGCUCAUACAUACUAAUUUGCACAUUUAGAUUUAAGUGUUCCAAGUAACAUACACAGAACUGCUAAUUACAAUAUGCUAGAGAGUACCUUGCAAUCCCUCCUUUAGCUUAAAGAAAAUCUGCCUAGAUUAGCCUUUCAGGUGAGAUAAUGGCAUAUUAAGCCAGUCAGUAACUUAUGUGGCAGAAGAGUCUCUCACUGAAAUAGUCUGUACAUUGAAGAAAGUAUAAUUACUUACAUUAUUUUUAAGAUGCCAUCUAUUUGGUAUUUUCCUUCAAAUUUAUAUUAAAUCAAAAUUUUAAUAAACUACUUCUUAAAUUCACUAAGAAAUCUUCUAAACUUUUGUUGAAUUGAAAAGCAGGAUUUUUUUGGGCCAUUUCAAUUUUCAUAUAUUGGAUCAUUUCAAAAGUAGAAUACAAUUUUAAUCAAGAAAAAAAUUUUCUAUUAUUUGAGUAACCUUUAAUUCAGACUAGGUCUCCAUAUUUUGAGGGCAGAACUUAUCUUGAAACAAUUUCAUCCCUGAUUUUAUAUCAAAUCAGUUACCUAUGAUUUACCUUGCUAUAGAAGACUAAUCAGGUCAACUGAAAGAAUCUGGAAGCUUCUGAAACAACAGCUGAACCCAUAGAUAUGUUUAGAAAUAAAUGUGUGGUACUGAAUGGAUAUUUCUAUCUCAAAAUUCUGGAAAAUGCUUCCUUAAAAUUGGUUUCAUGGUCUUUAAUUAUUCCAAGUUCCUAAUACAUUAAGUUUUCAAAAAAUCAUUUAAUGUCCCAAGAAAUUAAAAAGCACUCCUUUUUCAAUGUUUUAUAGCCUAAUUUUAUACUUUUUAACUAUAGCUAGUAUUAACUAAACACUUGGAUAGAUAAUAUUUUUAUAAUACCUUAGCUAAAGAAAGAAGUAAAGAAAAUACAUAGCUAAAGAAGUUAAAAUAAGAAACACAUUUGGGUAUAUUUCCCUAAACAUAUAGAGCAGUUGUAUCUUUAAAAUUUUUUUUUGUAAGAACAGUCUCCUAAAAUUGAAACUAAUGAAUACAUAAAUAUUAAUUGAGAAGACUUUGGAUACUCAAUUUUAUUUCAAUAGUCAUUCUUAGGAAGUUGUCAUGGAUUACAUUGUGACACUUCUGUGUAGAAUCAAUAUAAUCAUAGCUAUGUGUUGAUGAAGCUAAUCAAAUUUUUUGCAUUCUAAUGAAGUUAAAUAUGCACAAUAUAAAUAAUUAUUCUAUUUCAGCAUUAAUAUCCUUUACAUAAUUUUUAACAUAAAUUGGCCUUAUAAAUGUUGUUCUCCAAUCAUUUGAUAAGAGAAUGCUACUAUUAACCAUCAAAAUUUAAAAAUAAUUUAUUACUUGAACUUUUGGUUAAUAAGUAAUACAAGUUUAUUUGUUUUACAGGAGUAUUUCACAAUUAUUAACUUUUGUAUUCAUUUCAAGAGAAAUAGUUCUUGCAUUCUAUAAUGGACUUUUUUUCCUCUUGCUGUUGAAUUCUUAUUUCAAGGCAAUUUUAAAAAAAGUGUAAUGUUCAGUGUAUUGAAAAAUGUCCUAAAAUAAAAGCUUAAUGAAACUUUUUAUUGUUUUACCUGUAACUAUUACUGUUUCAAGUACCAUAAAUGUUAUUUUAUUGUUAACUGUCUACAGUUUAUUUCCAUGGGGAACCAAGUUCCGAAUAGGUAAUUCAGUACUAUAUCUACAAAACAGGCCCAGAAAUCCACCCUGGUGCUGAGCACCUAAACUAAGUUUCCCAGGAUAACAUGAAAUAUGUAAAUUAUCUUACAAGCCAAUGAGAAAAAAAUGUCAAAUGGAUCCAUAAGAUAGAUCAAACUCACAAUGCCUAAUUUUUAAAAAUCAAUAUCUUAUGUAUUAGUUAAUGAAAAUAUAUUAGUUUGUAAUAAAGUUACCCUAAUUUCUGAGUUA